GUUCUUCUUAUUGUUCGUUUGGAUUUUUUGGUGAUCGGAUCCGCGCGUGUGUGGCAUCGGUUGGCAUUUUUCCGCAACAGGUUCUUCUGCUCUGGGGUCAUUCCGAUUCCCCGGACAGAUUUUGCGGGCCGUUUUCUUUGUUCAAGUAGAGUAAUUUGUGUAGUUUUUUUUAUCGAAAAUGGACCAAAACGACACCGCUUUGACGUGUGCCGUCAACGUUGAAUGGCUUAAUCCGUCCGGGAUCGUAAUCCGGAAGAUUACCUACAAGCAGGCCCAACUCCGGAUGAUUCGCAACUCGCUGAAGGAGAUAUUUUUGGAGGUGUCGACGGCGAAGGCGACACCAAUUAAAAUCAAAUUAAAAGGCUUCAAAGUGUUCUCCAACUUCAUGUUGGACGGCAAGGCCACCAUCCGGUUCAGCGAGGAGGAAAAGUGCACUGUGUUCCUGUCGAACGCUCCGCCCAGUCUUCUCGUGGCAUUCCUCAAAUUGAUGGCGGUCAAAAUUGCCAACUCCAGCUCGAACGGUCUCACGAAGGAGGAGUUGCUGAAGAAGACACGCGCCCAUCAACUCUCGGACAAGCCCAACUCGUUCGACGACAUCAGUCCGGUGACGAACGCGGAGUUGGCCCGCGCAAAGAAGAUGGCCAUUGGGAAGGGAUCUACCACGACUCCGUCGCCGUCGCAGAAGCGCAAGCGACCAUCUGGGGAUGGCGUGGAUCGACCUGCCCCGAAGAAGCUGUACACGGCGUCCCCGCUGACGUCGGUGGAACCGGAAGUGCUGAACGAGCAGCAGAAGGCGGUUCUGGAGGCGUGCAAGUCGGGCCGGAGUCUGUUCUUCACGGGGAGUGCGGGCACGGGCAAGAGUUACCUGCUGCGGAAGAUCAUUUCGACGCUGCCACCGGAUGGAACCGUGGCGACGGCGUCGACGGGCGUGGCCGCCUGCUUGAUCGGCGGCACGACGCUGCACUCGUUCGCGGGGAUCGGAAGUGGAGAGGCUGCACUGCAGAGGUGCUACGAGAUGGCAUCGCGACCCGCUUCGGCCUCGAUUUGGCGCAAGUGCAAGCGGUUGAUCAUCGACGAGAUUUCCAUGGUGGAUGGGGAUUACUUUGAGAAAAUCGAAGCCGUUGCGCGUUACGUCCGGAAGAACGACAAACCCUUCGGCGGAAUACAGUUGAUCUUGUGCGGAGAUUUCUUCCAGCUGCCUCCGGUCGUAAAGCAGGACAAGCUCUCUCGUAACGCUUACUCCCAGAACCCGGACCAGGAACCGCUCGUUCGCUUUUGCUUCUCCACCAAGGCGUGGAAGGAGUGCGUCCAGUAUUGCUAUGAACUGACCGAGGUCCACCGACAGAAGGAUCAGUCGUUCGUGUCCAUUCUCAACAGUAUUCGGAUCGGUCGCGUCACGACGGAGAUCCGCGACCGGCUGGCGGCCACCGCCAAGCAGAACGUCAACUUCGAGGGAAUCCUCGCGACCCAGCUUUGCUCGCACACUUCCCACGCGGACACGAUCAACCAAUCAAAGCUCAACAACCUGACCGGCGAGGAAAAAACUUUCCACGCCAUCGACAGCGAUUCCCACAUGACACAAACGUUGGACCAGCAGGUGCAGGCCCCAGGCAAGCUCACCCUCAAAAUCGGCGCCCAAGUCAUGCUGCUCAAGAAUCUCAACAUCGCCGAAGGCCUCGUCAACGGCGCCCGUGGUGUCGUCCUAAACUACGUCCAAGGCUACCCCACCGUCCAGUUCAAGAAGCGCCAACUCCUCGUCAAACCCGAAAAGUGGUCCAUCAAAACGGCCGGCGGUCUCGUCGUAACGCGUGCCCAACUCCCCCUCAAACUAGCGUGGGCAUUCUCAAUCCACAAGUCCCAGGGCCUCACCCUGGACUGCGUCGAAAUGUCCCUCUCAAAAGUGUUCGAAGCAGGACAAGCGUACGUCGCCCUCAGUCGCGCCCAAAGCCUAGAAAGUCUUCGCGUGCUCGACUUUGACUCGAAGCAGGUGUGGGCCAGCCCCCAAGUGUUGGAGUUCUACCGGGACCUGCGACGGCAGAUUCGUGAUCGCGAGAUGAUGGCGCCGAUUGCGGUCAAGCGAAAGGACGGCGGCGGCGGCGUGUUGAAGAAGUCCCUCUCGGCGAUGGGACUGACCAAGUCGAUUAUGAGCAAGCCGCUCGUAACAAUCAACUAAAGAGAAAGAUAGAAAAUUACCUCAUUUUCGUACCAACUAUUCCGUAUUUAUGAUUUUCCAUACCGCUCAUUUAGCAAGGCUUAAGUAAAUGCAAUUUAUAUUACUAGGAUAAAAUGACUCGAUAGACUCGAACGAAACUAUAUAUUAAAAUUACUUAUUUUCUGUACUGACUGCUAUAAAAAACUGCCAACAAAUAAAAUGAAU